CGCCCCUCCCCUCCGUCCCCGGGACCGGGAGGGACCCAGCCCGCGUCACGCCCCUCGGUGCUCGCCUUUCCCGUCUCUGUCGUUGCGUCCGCAUCGCGCCCCCGGAAUCAGACGGUGCCCCAUAGAUGGCGGGCUUUCCCCCGAGGGUCAACGAGAAAGAGAUCGUGAGAUCACGUACUAUAGGUGAACUUUUAGCUCCUGCGGCUCCUUUUGACAAGAAAUGUGGUCGUGAAAAUUGGACUGUUGCUUUUGCUCCAGAUGAUUCAUACUUUGCUUGGUCACAAUGACAUUGUGCAGUAAAGCUUGUUCCGUGGUCCCAGUGCCUUAAGAACUUUCUCUUGCAUGGCACCAAGAAUAUCACCAAUUCAAGCAGUUUAAGAUUGUCAAGACAAAACAGUGAUGGUGGUCAAAAAAAUAAGCCUCAUGAACAUAUUAUAGACUGUGGCGAUAUAAUCUGGAGUCUUGCUUUUGGAUCUUCAGUUCCAGAAAAACAGAGUCGCUGUGUAAACAUAGAAUGGCAUCAAUUCAGAUUUGGACAAGAUCAGCUACUCCUUGACACAGGGUUAAACAAUGGGCAUAUCAAAGUACCGGAUGUAUAUACAGGAAAACGCCUCCUUAACUUGGUAGAUCAUACUGGAGUGGUCAGAGAUUUAACUUUUGCUCCAGAUGGGAGCUUGAUCCUGGUGUCAGCUUCAAGAGACAAAACUCUGAGAGUGUGGGACCUGAAAGAUGAUGGAAACAUGAUGAAAGUAUUGAGGGGCCAUCAGAACUGGGUGUACAGCUGUGCAUUCUCUCCUGACUCUUCUAUGCUGUGUUCAGUGGGAGCCAGUAAAGCAGUUUUCCUUUGGAAUAUGGAUAAAUAUACCAUGAUACGGAAACUAGAAGGACAUCACCACGAUGUUGUAGCUUGUGACUUUUCUCCUGAUGGAGCAUUACUGGCUAUGGCAUCUUAUGAUACUCCAGUUUAUAUCUGGGAUCCACACACUGGAGACAUUCUGAUGGAAUUUGGGCACCUGUUUCCCCCACCCACUCCAAUAUUUGCCGGAGGAGCAAAUGACCGAUGGGUACGAUCUGUCUCAUUUAGUCAUGACGGACUGCAUGUUGCAAGCCUUGCUGAUGAUAAAAUGGUGAGGUUCUGGAGAAUUGAUGAGGAUUAUCCAGUGCAAGUUGCACCUUUGAGCAAUGGUCUUUGCUGUGCCUUUUCUACUGAUGGCAGUGUUUUAGCUGCUGGGUAAGUGAUUUUUAGUGUGUAUUUUUGGGCCACUCUAAGGCAAGUCCCUAGCCUUCAACAUUUAUGUCGCAUGUCAAUCCGGAGAGUGAUGCCCACCCAAGAAGUCCAGGAGCUGCCAAUUCCUUCCAAAGUUUUAGAGUUCCUCUCCUACCGUGUUUAGAGGAUGCUGUCUUCCCUAGUAUUAGGGACUGACAACACACUUUACACAAACCUCAAGCUUUACCGACUUCAAGGUUUAGGAGAUUUAUUUAAGUUGAUACAUUCUUGUAUUGCAUUUUGAUCAGUUGAGCUUUUAAAAUAUUAUUUAUAGACCUUAGGAGAAAUAUUUCUGAACAUAUGAAAUGUAAAUUUUUUUCUAAAAUGUAACUGUGAAAACAUAUACAUACAUGUAUAUAUUUCGAUAUAAGCUGCUGUGUGUUGAAUGGACCCUUUUGCUUUUCUAAUUUUUAGUUCCAACAUGUAUAUAUUGCUUCAGUAGAGCCACAUUAUGUAUCUUUGCUGUAAAGUGGAAGGAAUUUUUUUAUUCUGGGACAAUGAGUUAGAUGGUAAAUACUGACUUAAGAAAGCUGAAUGCCUCAUAACAAAAUGUGUAUUUGGUUGGGGGGUGGUCAGACAACUGACCUUCAAGUAAAACAGCUUUUGUCUAGGGAAGGAUUUUGUUUUCCUUAG